CAUCUAAAUUCUUAAAUCUGUGUAUCUGUGAUCUGUUGCUCCUCAAACUCGGCCAAAUUUGACGGUCGACGACGAAGCGUCGGCGACGCCGCCGCCGCCUCCCCUGCGAAUCUUCGAAGAAGACGACAGCCGCCGCCGCCGCCUCCAGCAGACGACGACGACGCCCUCCCCUGCGAAUCUGCGAAGAAGACGACAGCCGACGCCGCCGCCUCCAGCCGAUGCCGACGCCGUUCUCCCCUGCGAAUCUGCGAAGAAGACAACAGCAUAUGCCGCCGCUUCCUGCCGCCUCCUCCUCCAGUCCUCCCAUGCGAAUGCAAAUCUGGGGCUUAAGUUCGGUGAAAGAUAAAUCUGUCAAACUAAAGCAAGUGAAACAGAUCAUCGCGUUGAACUCAGUAUAUGCAAUGAGAAUUCAAGAUCUUCUCAGGCAAUGCUUUAUUAUAUACAUCACAUUGGUGCUAAUUUCCAACACAGUUUCAUGUCUCCACAAGGUGGCUCCUUCUCAUAAAAAAUAUAUUGCAGAUUCGUACUUUAAGGAACACAAUAGCUUGACAGAUUCAAAAUUUGAAGAUUAUAUUGCCCAAGAAAUUGCUUAUGGAUCAUGUGAGUUGUUGGAAGAACUCAAAGUUGGGACGAAGAUUAUAUCCUUGCAUCAAAAACUGAUUGGUGAAGGCUCACAUCGUCAUCUAUCAUUAUCAAUCAGGUUGGAGAGUUUGCUUGAGUCCAAAUCUGGAUCUCAAGAAUUUUGUGAGGCUAUAAUCAUUGAAAGACUACCUUCUGGAGUCUUUGCAGAUUUAUUUGAGCUGCAACAUUUGGUGCAGCGUGGUGUAUUCACUGAAGCUGGUGUAUUUGGAGACACAAAUUUAGAAUUGCCUUCAUUUCGGUCAAAUCGAUCAUUGAUUGAGGUUCACUUGGAUAUGGGCUCUAAAUUAUUGUCAAGGCACAAAGAUGAAGUAGAAUUUAAAAUUGAGCUUCCACUACACGCACGUUAUCAGCCACUAGGACACGGCUUUUCAAGGGUUGAAUUUUGCCCGCCCGAUGUAUUCAUGCAGUGUAGCCUUGAAAGAAAAACCAUGGAGAAAUGUUUGUUUCCAUUAAGCUACCGCAAUGGCGAAUCUAAAGCUGAUGAGGUUGUGUGGGAAAUACCUUGUGGAGACAAAGAACAUGCAGGAAUUGUAUCGGCUAUUACUUUCAUGUCAGCUAUUCUAUCAGCUCUUCUAAUUAUCCUUGUAUCUAUUUACUAUUCUGGUAGUAAUGAUUGUCCUGACUUGAAACAAUUGUGAAAUGUGGUUAGAUUAGAUUGUUGUGCUGGUUAAAUGCAAAUUGAAUAUAACCGCAUAAUUUUUUUUCAUCCAUGGCUAAUGAAGGGCGUGCAAAUGAUUUUGUUUUUU